CCGAGGGUUCUCAACCUGGGGGAGUCGCGCACUUGGGGCUCACUCGUUUUGGAGUAUGAUCAACCGCUAGAAGAGAGCACUCACUUUUCUCGGGAUAGCCGAAAUGAGGGAAGCGAUCGCAGCUACUUAUGGUCUCUAUGGCGAAGCUACGCCGAACAACAGCAGCAACACUUUGUGAAAAAAGACGAAGGUCGUGCAACUGAGGAAAAACUGGCGCAUGAUGCGGAGAAGAACGAAGCUGCUGUCGAACAGG